AAGGCAGCUCCCCUUGUCCAAUCCCAGGCCCCUUGGUCCACCCCAGUGGCCACUGGCCCUUCUGCCCCUUGCACUGAGACCAGCCCAAGGAUUCCCCUUCUCCUCUUCCCCAGGCCACACUCUGAGAUGGGUUAGGGGUCGGGAUGCAGGAGGGACUGGGUAGAGCCCCAGGGUGAAAUGCCUCCAUCUGGGGCGACCAGACCUGGCCAGAACAAUGGAACAAGGACCAUCUUCCUGCAGAAGGUUGGGUGAGGAUGGGGCCAGGCGCAGCUGAGGAGAGAUAGGGGAGGUAAAGACACGUGACUGAAGAGAGAGCAGCUCUUCAGAAGGACCUGGGUUUGAGCCUUGACUGUGCCUCUGAGUGGGGACAUCUCUUGUCUAGUCUGAACCUCAAUCCAUCUCCAUCUGAUGGGGAUACUGAUCCCUGACCUGAGCAUCUCUCCCAAGGUUCUCUGAAGAGUCUUAAGUCAACGAGGAAGUGUAUUUUAGAGGCGAUAGACAAGGAGAGUGUGUGACCGGGAAGAGGGAGGGCCAGGGACGCUCCCAGGUGAGGAGGACGGAUCUCAGGAGAGACCACCAUGACAGGCUCCUGGAGGAGGGAGGGGACUUGGCCUAGCCAGCCCUGCCAAGCAGGGCUGGGUGCUUAAGGAGACACCCAGUGUGGGGGCAUGGCUGAACCCAAGAAUAUCUUCAAAGGUGACCUAGAGACAGACAGGUGAGGGGGUUCAUGAUGGUCACGGAAGCCCCGCGACAUCGACAAGGUUAUCUUCCAGCGUGCAGGCGCUACAGCAGAGGCGCAGAGAGCGCAGGGAUGUCACACAGCCAGGAAUAUUACUGAUGAUGAUAACAAUGAUGCUGAUAGCGCAGACCACCUGCUCUGGACACUGAGGACCACGCAUCUGUCCGUGACUCUCCCCGACUCCCCCGCACCCUCUGACCCGCCAGUCACCAUGGCUACUUCGAAGUUGCCAGCGGUGUCCGGGCAGGAGGAGACCACCAUCCUCAUGGCCAAGGAAGAGCUGGAGGCCCUGCGCACCGCCUUCGAGUCGGGCGACAUCUCCCAGGCCGCUUCCCGCCUCCGGGAGCUGCUGGCCGCCUCGGACUGCACCCGGCUGGAGGUGGGCGUCACAGGCGAAUCGGGGGCCGGCAAGUCGUCCCUCAUCAACGCCCUUCGCGGCCUGGGCGCCGAGGACCCCGACGCGGCCCUCACCGGCGUGGUGGAGACCACAAUAGAGCCUUCGCCCUACCCGCACCCGCAGUUUCCAGACGUGACCCUGUGGGACCUGCCAGGGGCCGGCUCUCCCGGCUGCUCGGCCGACAAGUACCUGAAGCAGGUGGACUUCGGCCGCUACGAUUUCUUCCUGCUCGUCUCGCCCCGCCGCUGCGGCGCCGUGGAGAGCCGCCUGGCCUCCGAGAUCCUGCGCCAGGGCAAGAAGUUCUAUUUCGUGCGCACCAAGGUGGACGAGGACCUGGCGGCCACGCGCAUGCAGCGGCCCUCGGGCUUCAGCGAGGGGGCGGUCCUGCACGAGAUCCGCGAGCACUGUGCCGAGCGGCUGCGCGGGGCAGGCGUCCACGAACCGCGCGUCUUCCUCGUGUCCAACCUCUCACCCGCGCGCUACGACUUCCCGCUGCUCAUGUCCACUUGGGAGCGCGAUCUGCCCGCGCACCGGCGCCACGCCGGCCUGCUGUCACUGCCGGACAUUUCUCUGGAGGCCCUGCAGAAGAAGAAGGACAUGCUCCAGGAGCAGGUGCUCAAGACGGCCCUGGUGUCCGGCGUCAUCCAGGCCCUGCCCGUGCCCGGGCUGGCGGCCGCCUACGACGACGCGCUGCUCAUCCGCUCGCUGCGCGGCUACCACCGCAGCUUCGGCCUGGACGACGACUCGCUGGCCAAGCUGGCCGAGCAGGUGGGCAAACAGGCUGGGGACCUGCGCUCCGUCAUCCGCUCCCCGCUGGCCAACGAGGUCUCCCCCGAGACGGUCCUGCGGCUCUACUCCCAGUCGUCCGAUGGUGCCAUGAGGGUGGCCCGGGCCUUUGAGAAGGGUAUCCCCGUGUUCGGGACCCUGGUGGCCGGCGGCAUCAGCUUCGGCACUGUCUACACCAUGCUUCAGGGCUGCCUCAACGAGAUGGCCGAGGAUGCCCAGCGCGUCCGCAUCAAGGCCCUGGAGGAGGAGGAGGAGGACCCUCAGCCCGAUGUCAGCCUGGAGGCGGCUGGUGACAGCUGUGUGGAGAAGCGGGGAUCCGGGGAGGGGAGCAGGGAGGAAGCCCCCCUCUCGACCCGCCGGAAGCUUGGCCUCCUCAUUAAGUACAUUCUGGACAGCUGGAAGAAGCGAGACUUGUCUGAAGACAAAUGAAAGUGCAGCCCUUACCCACUGCCUCACCCACAAACCAAGCCUUUUGAAAACCCACCGAACACUCAAAAAAGGCCGAAUGUGGUGAAAAUGA